ACCGGUUGCAGUCUGCUGAGUUCCGAAUGUACCGGUUUCAAGUUUCAUGUGACACCCAAUGGGGUGAGGAGGUGUGCAUCGUGGGCAACAGCAAUUGCCUGGGAUCCUGGAAUGUGCGCCAGGCAGUAGUGCUGAAGCCGUUGAAUUAUCCCCUGUGGAAGAGCGAUGAAAUUGACAUCUCCGAUGUGGGCCCUCCAGAGGAGGCAUCCUCGAGUUCAAAGAGACUGGAGUACAAAUAUGUCAUUCGGGGCCCUCAUGGUGUCAAGUGGGAGCAUGGCAACAAUCGCUGGGCUCCUGUUGACAUUGGCACGAGGCUCACCGUCCACGAUGGUUGCUUUGGAUGCAUCCAGUCAUACCCCUUCUCUUUCCAGGAGGGGCCCGAGAUUCUGGAGCGCAGUCAGACCGCAGCAGCAGAAGGGCAGCCCCGCGGCUGGUGCAUUGCAGUGGUUGGUUCUUCUGUAGCCGAAGGAUACAACACCUGGCGGAAACGCGGCUGGGCUUGGCUCCUUGGAGAGGAUUGUUUUCCAUCCUCCAGCAUGAACGGCCGAUGGGAUGUGGUGGGAGAGACGUUUUGGAACCUUUCAGUGUUUUCCCAACUCCGACCCGGAAAACUGCCCCCCUGGCCAUCUUUCAAGCUUGGUAGAGCUCGCCGCCGUCGCAUUAUCGCCAUGACCCAACAGUACCACGAGCACCUGUUGGAAGCUGGUGAGAAACCCAGCAGCAGCGACAGCUGGCCAUGGCGGUGGAUUCUGCGGGCCUUGGCAUUCCUGGUGGCGCUAGCUUUGGCCCUGGGAUUCCUGAAUGAUGGGAAAGCUGCCCCAGGACCAUUGAAGUAUCUCUACAUCUCCUUUCAUGGGGAUGGCAGUGCCACCACUCCCUUGCCUCAGUACGGCGUGAACCAGAUCUUUCGCUUUGACCUCGAAAAUCUGGGGGAUCCUGCCCAGCCGGUGCUGGGAAAGGGGUCGCCGACCCCACCAAGGAUGCUGCGUGACAUGCAGAUACUGAAGGAUGGGACUCUGUUCGUUGCCCAAGGCUUGAAGUUUGACAGUUGCAUCUUGCAGUAUGGUCCUUGCGACCAAGAUGGGGUGAGGCAGUUUCAGAGGGAGUACAGGAGCCCGAUUCUGGUGCAUCCCUAUGCCCUGACCUUGCUAGGCGACACACUCUUCGCCUCCACACAAGACUCCGGCACAGUGGUUGGCUUCAAUCUUACUGAAUCCCAUGACCUACUUUCAUCGGGUGAUCGCAUCAACUUCAACCUGCAAGGGGACUUUCGGUACAGGCCAGGGAUCACCUAUCGGGGCAUCGCCAGCUACAAGAGAUGCCUCUACCUGUCUGUCACAGAGAUGGAUGUGGUGGCGGUGAUCUGCGACUUUGACCGAGUCUCCCGACGGAUUCCCGUGCGGCAUCCCAUCGGUCUCAUGGUGGAUGAAGAGAAGAAGGAGCUUUACAUCGCGUCUCCGGCGAAAGACAAGGACGAGCAAGGAGAAGUCUUGGUGGUCGACUUGUCAAACGAUAAGGUGUUGCGAAGGCUGCGACAUGAAGGCAUGGAGCAUCCAACGAACAUGGUGUUGCACAAGGACAAAGUGAUUGUGGCCUCCCAGACUCAAAAGUCUAUCUUGGAAUUCGAUCGCAGCGGAGAAUUUUCGAAGGUUUUGAUUCAGAACCUUCCCGAUGCUCCAGAGCAACAUGGCUGUCUGCCAGAACAUCAUGCUGUCUCCGUGCUGAAUUUUGACCUGUUGGGCGGGCUGGACAGGGUUGUGAAUGUCUCCCAAUGUGGGGCCAACACAGCCAUCACCAAGGAGCGUCUGAGAAGUCACGCAGUGACGCAGCUGAAGCCGGACAUUGUGAUCAUUGCGUUAAGUCUGGGCAAUGAGGGUUUGGCCCACUGCCCGGCCGCCGAACGUCGCGCCGCGCAGCAUCGCUUCGAGCAAGGCCUUUUAGACAUGAUCUCCAUGGUUCUAGCGAUGGAUGCUAUGCCCAUCUUGGGAGGCGUGUAUCCCAACAACGACUACAAUGCAGAGACAUACGCCAUGCUAAAGGAGACUGCACGCACCAUGGCGACUUGGAAUGUUCCCAUCUUCGAGUGGCUCCCUGUUCUGGAUGAUGGGCACGGCCGUUGGAAGGAGUCGUUGUAUUUUGAUCACGCGCAUCCAAAUACCGAGGGGCAACGGCACAUGUUCGAAUGUAUCGACCUCUCGCUGUUCGCGCACGCUGGGGAAGACAUUCCUCAACUGGUCCGGCGCAGGAGCAGCUUGUCACAACUGGAUUCCAGCGAGCGCCAGACCAGCUACUCGUACUUGGACGAGGCAGUUCAGGCUUCGCAAGCAGCGGAAUCCACAGCGCAUGGAGAACCCAUUGGCCCGCCGGCGUUUGAGGAUGGCCGCGGCUUCUCCAUAGUACUUUGCAGGGGCGCUAUCAGCAUUCGGAACAAGACAGAGGACGAGUACGUCGUGUCGGCCGAGUGGCAGGCGCUCUCGCGCGCUCUCGUCGCGGCCGGACUGCGCCCGGGCAUCUACGUUUCAAGAGACGAAUGCUGCCAGAAUAAUCGGGAACGACAGCCAUUGGAUUUGCUGGGGGAACGUAUUGGGGAUCGUUUAUACACCCAUAACAGCGGUGAUGACUUGGGGAUGGUUUAUGAUGUUUACCACAAUACUGUAAUAGGGACACCCAUUCACGAACCAGCAUAA